GCACACUGCCACUGUUCCUACCACUUCAAACCGCGCCGGCGAGAGAGAGUCGCUUAAUGCAAGAGAAGUAGAAGAGGGGCAAAAACCUAAACGAGAGUCAUCCUAAAACCGGAAAAACAUCAUUACAACGUGUUACAACUCGCAGUUCCUAUCUUUCUGCGCUGUUGCAUCCGGUUUAUUUGGGAUUGCUGCAGCGUAUUUGUUUGCAGUUGUGAGACAAAAUUCAACUUCUGCCUCUUCUGAUAGGGGUUUCGUUUCUGUUUUCUGUAGUUGUCAAAGCGGAAUGAAUGACAAAGACAAAGGCUGAUGUUAAUUCGCCAACUCACUUUGUCUCGCCCAAGGAAAGGAGACACAGGCACAAAAUGGAAAGCGGGACGGAGAGCGCGGACAGCGGGCAGGCGCAGCCCCAACAACAGCACCAGUUCGAGCAACAGCCCGUAGUGCAGUCCAUCCAAGUGAACGAGAAGAAAAAGAUCAACCGGGCUCCGUCACCCGCCAGACCCAAGGAUGUGCCUGGAUGGUCCCUCACCAAGAUCCGGGGAGGCAUCGGUACACCAACACUGAGCGUUAAACCAGGAUCCAUACAUUUAGGCAGCCGGGUGUCCAGGCGUAGUCCGGGUAGCGGGAAAGAGACCAAAUCAGAGAAAGGAAAACUGCCGGGGAAAUCCACACUAUCGGUUGCCAGUGCUCAGAAGGGCGGCAGUAAAUCGAUGAAAGGUGGUCGGAAGAAGGUGUCCGAUGCAAGAAACGCCUCGGACGACCUGAGCAAAGACUCUGGUUGCGCCGCGGGCAAGCUGUCGCCAACGGAUAGCAGUUCCGAGAUCUCCGAUUGCGCCUCGGAGGAGAAUAAAGUCUCCACCGACGCUCUGAGUAGUGACACCGAAUCCAGCAGCCGAGGCGGGGGGCCUGAGGGCGAGAAAUCGAGUACGGACUGCGGAGAUGGGCCACCGGAUAGGGGUACUCGUGGUGACCAUCAUGCCAAGACCCACGUAGAUAAGGACCGACUCUCCCUGGGAGUGGAGACCGGGGAGGGGAGCAUUUCUCCGGGGGAUGAACGGUCUCUCACCUCGUUCGACAGCCGGGUGCCUACCAGCACAUCCCUGGCUUUCUCCGACCUGACAGAAGAGUUCAUGGACGGCAUGCAUGAAGAAUUUGUUAGGGAAAUCGAGGAACUGAGAUCAGAAAACGAUUACCUAAAAGAUGAGAUGGAGGAGCAGCGCUCGGAGAUGUUGGAGAUGAGGGACAUGUACAUGGAGGAGGAUGUGUACCAGCUGCAGGAGCUGAGGCAGCAGUUUGAGCAGGCCAACAAGACCUGCCGCAUCCUGCAGUAUCGCCUCCGCAAGGCCGAGAGACGCAGCCUCCGCGUGGCCCAGACGGGACAGGUGGACGGGGAGCUCAUCCGUACCCUGGAGCAGGACGUCAAGGUGGCUAAAGACGUGUCCAUCCGGCUGCACAACGAGUUGGACUCUGUGGAGAAGAAGAGGGGCCGUCUGGAGCAGGAGAAUGAGGAGCUGAGGGUCAGGCUCCAGGACCUUGAGGUGGCCAAGCAGGUCCUGCAGGCUGAGAUGGAGAAGCAACGAGAGAACUCUCUGAAGAAGAGAGGCGCUCGGCCAAACAACAAGCCAGAGAAGAAGCCGUCUCCCCAGCAGGAGGACAGCUCUGACCUCAAGUGCCAGCUCCACUUUGCCAAGGAGGAGUCAGCGCUCAUGUGCAAGAAGCUGACCAAGAUGGCCAAAGACAGCGAGGCAAUGCGGGAGGAGCUGGCCAAGUACCGCUCGAUGUACGGCGACGUGGAUGCCUCUCUCACCGUGGAGGAGGUCAACGACUCGCCCCACACCCGCGAGGCCGAGGUCAGAGUUCACCUGAAGCUGGUGGAGGAGGAGGCCAACCUGCUGAGCCGGCGCAUCGUGGAAUUGGAGGUGGAGAACCGUGGCCUGCGGGCCGAGAUGGACGACAUGAAGGGCCAGGAGCUGCCACCAGGCCUGGGGGUCGGAGGCAUGGGAGGGCCUGGAGGAGGAGGUCUGGAGAACGUGAUGGAGCUCCAGAGGCACCUGCAGUUUGUGGAGGAGGAGGCGGAGCUGCUGCGGCGCUCGCUGUUGGAAAUGGAGGAGCAGAACAAGCUGCUGAUGAACGAGAUCAACCGCUACAAGUCAGAGCUGCCGCUGGUGUCGGACCCAGACCAGGACGACUCCUCGUCCAUCUCUCUCCUGGAGGACGGUCAUGGUGGUGGGGCUCUGAUCAGCACAGAGGCCCCCCAGGAGGAGCUGCUUCAGGCCGCCAGGCUCCAGAUUGGGGAUCUGAGCGGCAAGGUGAAGAAGCUCCAGUAUGAGAACCGUGUGUUGCUGUCCAACCUGCAGCGCUGCGACCUGGCCUCCUACCACAGCUCCUCCAGGCCCGCCCUGGAGACCGACGCAGAGGCAGGGGACUCAGCCGAGUGCCUCCCCAGCAAGGCACACCGCGAGGGCCCCAUCGGAGGGGAGAACGAGCCCCUGGAGGAGAGGGAGAAGAAGACGUCCACUGGGGUUCCUGUCCCCCUGGACGGUGAUGUCCCCCUGGGGCUGAAGGACCACGAAGCCCUGCUAGCCAUGAGGGACCAGGCACGCCUCAUCUCUAAAGCCAUCCAGCUGCUGACCGCCUCAGACUCCAACUGCCCCUCCAUCUCCCUCUACCGCAAGAUCUCCUCCUCCUCCGGGGAGGCUGCAGAGCCAUGUGUCCCAGAGAAGAGCCAGCAGGCCCAGCCCUCAGAGCUCCAGGACCUGACCCUGGUGGAGGCUCUGACGGGCAGGCUGCGAGCGCUGCACACCCAGCUCCAGGCCUUUGUGGAGCAGGUGGAGAGCCUAGGGACCACCCCCCCAGGGAGGGCACAGGUGCAGGGGGCAUCCCCCCUGCCUCUACUGUCUGAGGCUGGGGACUCUGUGGUGGGUGCACCCUUUGCCUCUCACCCCUGCCCUCCAGACGACCAGGCGGGUGAGAUCACGGCUGAGCAGAAGCAGCCCAACUUUAGGGACCAAUCAGAGCGCGAUGUGAAAGGUCAGAAGGAGGAGGGUGACAGCCGCACUGACAGCAACCAGAACCAGGAAACACAGGAGACGGACACAGCUCUGCAGAUCAGUGAGCUGCAGGCCCUUCUGUUGGAUGCGAGGGAGACGGCUCACGGGACGCAGGAGGAACUGACUCUGGAGAGACAGGCCCCCACACAGACAGACCACACCCACAGCAGUUCUCAGACACUCACACAGCUGCAGGAGGAGCACCAGAAGGCCCUGACGCGGAGGGACUUUCAGCUGCAGGAGGAGCACCAGAAGGCCCUGACGCGGAGGGACUUUCAGCUGCAGAGUCUGAGUCUGCAGACACGGCUGCAACAGAAGUUCUGGAGCCAGGAGAGGAACCUGAUGGUGCAGGAGUCCCACCAGCUCAAGCAGACCUUGCUGCUGCUCAGCCUCAAGCUGCGCUGCUUCCUCAAACAGUGGCGUCUGGGACGCAAGCUGGACACGGAGGCCAAGGAUGUCCUGGAGGUGAAUAGUCUGAAGGACCUGUACCUGCUGCUGGAGGAGGAGAGUCUGGCCGCCCACCAGGGAGACAACAAGAUGGCCGCCGCAGAGGAGCAGCCCCUCAGCCCCAGCAUCUCCAAGGAGCUCUGCAUGCUGGAGAAGAGCUACAAACAGACGAGCGGCGUGAGCAGCACUCUGGCAGACCUCAAGGGAGCGCUCCAGGAUCUGAGCGGAGUGCUGCGAGAGGAGCGUCAGGGCUCCCAGGAACUCACCCAGCAGUUUGCCCGUGCCAAGGCCUCCUGGGAGGUGGAGAGGACAGAGCUCUUGAGCCUCAUCACCCAGCUGGAGAGCAAGUUGGGCCAAGCUGCGCUGGCCGGGGAGGAGAAGGACCUCCAAGGACCUCCCGACCUGAAGAUGGCCCUGAAGAGGGAUCGUGAGGAGUACCAGCACCUCCUGGCCGACUCGUACGCCGCCGUCAUGGACCUGACCAAGCAGCUGCAGAUGGGAGAGAGGAACUGGAGCCGUGAGAAGCUGGAGCUUCUAGAGCACUUCAGUCAGGAGAGAGGCCAGUGGGAGCAGAGGCUACAGAACAAGAUGUCUAUGCACGACAAAACUACCUCCGAAAGGGAAACUGCAACAGAUGCUGUUACAAAUGGAAGCAAUUUACUAAGGACCAAAUCCAUCCCGUCCAUGCCAGAGUUGGAGGGUCUGCUGGAGGCCUGUCCUUUCCUUCCGGGUCAGGAGGUCAACGGGACAGCCAAUGAGAAGGGAGAGAAGGACCAGCCCAACACCCAGGCCCCUCCCCUUCCAGCCCACACAGACCUGGGUGACCUAACCAGGAGGAACUGGAAGUACCUGACCAAUGAGGUGGCUAUGAUGGAGCAGGGUGAUACCCCCUUCAAGACAUGGGACUGCCCCAGCUCCCCCAGUAGUUUCCUGGGCCUGGGGAGCAUCCAGAGGAGCUACACGGCCCCCGACAAGACCGGCAUCCGUAUCUACUACAGCCCCCCCACCAUGCGCCGUAUGGAGAGGAUGCUGGCCAAGGAGAAGCAGGACAAACCUCAAGCCCAGCAAGGCCACCUGUCCCGGGCUUCAACUCCGUCAGACGCUGGGGCCCUGGAGGGCCAGCCUUCUUCUUCCUCCUCUGCCUCCUCCUCCUCUUCGUCCUACGACCAGUGGCUGAGCUCUCUGUCCAACCAGCACAGGGACCUUCUGGAGAACAGCAGUGUGGGUGCGGGGGUGGCGCCCUUCCACGGCUUGGAGAUCUCUGCCAACCUCUCGGACGACAUGAAGGAGAUGACCAACUGCGUGCGCCAGGCCAUCCGCUCCAGCUCUCUGGAGAGGAAGUGCAGCAAGGACGCAGGCAGCCAGACGGUGUUGGUGUCUAGCCGCUCCACCCAGACGGCCCAGUUUGUGACUGUGGGACUGCAGACGGACGGGCUCGGGUCUCGAGGGGUAGGGAGCCUCCACACUAAGUCCUCCUGGUCCCCCCGGCCUUCGUCCUCACUGGCCUCGGCCCGCUCACGCCACAUCUCCUCGUCCCUGGAUAAGGUGCACAGCCGCAUCGACAGGCCCUGCUGCUCACCCAAGUACGGCUCCCCCAAGCUUCAGCGCCGCAUCUCCGCCUCCUCCUCCAAGCUGGACGGAGGAGGGUCGUCCUCGGCAUCCUCCCGUGAUCGCAGCCUGUGGAACCUGCACCAGCGCUCCUCGACCUCCAGUGGCUCGGCCUGGGCCCGCUCCACCACCACCAGAGACAGCCCUGUGCUCAGUGGCCUCAAUGACGGCCUGUCCAGCCUGUUCAGCGUGGUGGAGCACUCAGGCAGCGUGGAGUCCCUAUGGAAGAGUGAGCCGGGGGCCAGCCCAGCCCGCCAGGCAGCAGGGAAGCCCUCUGGCCCUGGCCCUGGCCCUGGCCCUGGCCCUGGCCCUGGCCCUGGCCCUGGCCCUGGCCCAGACACCGGAGCCCAGAAAUACGGCCCCUUCCAGGAAUUCUUCAGGAACGUGUGCGGCCGGACCGGGACGCCCAUGCCCGGGGGAGGGGAGAGAGGGCAGAGGGAGGUGGGGGCCAUGGAUGAGCCAAAGCCAGAGUGCCUCUCCGGGGCCUCGCUGGUGGGGAACGACAGUGUCACCAAGAUCGUCAACAAGAGGUUCAUGAGACAGAUGCCCAGGGAGGAGCUUGGGGCCACCGCCAGGGACCCCACCGCCAGGGACCCCACCGCCAGGGACCCCACCGCCAGGGACCCCACCACCAGGGAUCCCACUGCCAGGGACCUGACCAUGAGCUCCAGCAUGGAGGAUGCAGUGUGUGAUUGCACCUCCCAGGCUCUGACUUCCUGCUUCGUCCGGCCCUCCCGCUCGGCCACACGCCAUUCACUGGGCCACUGCAUGCACCUCUCCCAGGAGUCUCCAACGGCAACAGAGGAGAGAUUGGAUCCAAACAAUGAGUGAUGGAUCAGAGAGAGCACGGAAGCUCACACUGCCACACACACACAUGUACAUACAUGCUGCCUCGCCAACAGACUGCCACAUACUACAGUACAGUACUGUCACAAAACUUACACACGCAAACAUCUUGGCUACACACACACAUAUAUAUAUAUAUACACCUGCAAACCGCCACACAAACACACUGCCACAUGCAUAAUGUACAUACACACAAUCCUCCACAAACUGCCACACAGAAUCACUGUCACAUGCACGCGCACACGCACAUACACAGAUGUCUACAUUGGAACUCAACCCAAGCAGCACAUUCUAUUGCCAAGGACAAAGGAAGACCACAAUCUCCUAGGAUUCCUCUUUGACCACCAUAACCACUAUCAACUACCAGCAGGACAACCCCACUUCACACACUACUCCCUAUAUAGUGCAGUAUUUAGGGAAUAGGGUGCCAUUUUGGAUGCAGACAGUGUGUGGAAUUAUAUAAUGUCAGAACCCACAACACUCUACUUUACUUGGAAUUGCACAGGGGAAAACAUACUGGACUAUUGAAUACUGGACUACUAGAAAGUGGUCUGGGAGAAGAACCUCUUUCCUCUUUCCAACCGACAGGGAUAUGAGGCGGUUGGUUAGCUGCCUGGAGAGGGACCACUUGGGAAUGCUCCCAAUCCCAAUCCCUACCCAACACCAGUCCCUUCCCAACCCGACAUCUGGAGACCACUGUCCAAACAUCCUCCCCAACACCAAGCAGAGGAUUCUACUGGUGUGGACCACCUCUUGCCAUUGUCAACCACCAACCAUCAAAAAACGUCCGUUCAACGUUUCAUCAUUUCUUUAUGUCAACUGCCUGAUGUUAUGCCUGUCGUUUUUCCAAAAGACUUGAAUCCGAUGUAGGGAUAGGACAUUGACGUUGUUAUGAUGUACCACGUAUGAUAUGAUCCUAUGUUUUCUAAAGGUUGUUUGAAGGUUUGUCAUCUGGCUGCCACACAUUGAUAGUAUGGUGGUUAAGACUAUGAGUGGUGUCUUCUGUGUGUACUGUAGGCUGUAUGUGUAUAGGAGGAUCUAUACUCAGUCUAAACCCAGCUGUAAAGAUAACUCCCUGCCAGGAAAAAACACAAACUCCUUGUCUCAUUUUGAGACAAAAUGCAUUCCUUUGUUAAGUUACAAUUCCAAUGACACUCUGGGUAAUCUGUUAACUUGUGCGUGUGUUUCUCCUUCAUCGACUGUCAGUGUGUUCCUGACCUCUUUUCUCCUGCUUUGUGUAACAACGUCCUCUACAGAAGGCUAGCUCAUUACUUUCUCACGUCAUCACUCAAUUCUUGAGAUACUUUGUGUAAUAUGUUUAAUGAAAAACUGUAUUAUCUUGCAAAUGGGGGGCGAACAAAAGCCCCUGUUGUGAAGAGGGUUAUUUGUACCUUGAAAUGAAAUCCGAGACGAGAGAGACUGAGAAAUUGUCUAGUUAGAUUUGAUUGAUUCCUUCCAUUUUGGAGUGUCUCUCUAAGGUCUGAUAGCUGUCAAUCAGUCUGUUACUAUGGUGACUGUUGUAGUGUUGACUUUGAAGUGCCUGAUAGACUAGGUCAGCUCGCACCAAACUGCACGUCACAACUAGAACCCCAGAUUGUUGUUCAUAUAAUGAUUUUAGACACAAGGGGGAUAUACAGUAUACUGUACUCUUAUGUACGUCAUUCAGAAGUAACAAGUCAUCACCAACUCUUAAAAGCACGGAGAGAGAGCGAAAGGUUUACGUUCUUUUGAUACCAAGGAACUUUUUUCAGAGAAGUAAAUUAUUUGUAUUUUUUUUAUAUAUAUAUAUAUAAAUGUUUAUAUCUGUUUGUUUUUUCUCUCGGUUUGCAAUGGUGCUGAACUAAUAGUGCAGAUUCUUCCCUCAUUUUAAAAAGUGCUUUUUACAAGGCUUUUAGGUAAGAGAAAAGGCUCAGUUUUUCCUAUAUUGGCAGUGGCACACAGUAUUCUAUAUAAAUGGAUGUUGGUUAGGAGUCAGUCCCUGGCAGGAGCGUUAAUGAUGAGCAUGUCACUGUCGUAAAAACACUGAUUUGGCCAUUACCCAUGAGAGCCUCAAUGAAUGUGUAACACGAACAUACACACACCACAUCUCUCCCCCCCCCCUCGCUCUCUUUCUCCCCCUUCUCACUCUCUCUUGUUCUCUCUG